AUGGCUCUCGUGAAUAGAAAGUGCAUCUGUGACCUUUGCUCCUGCGGGAGGCAUCACUGCCCACAUCUCCCUACCAAGAUUUAUGAGAAGACAGAGAAACCAUGCUUUUUCUCCGAAUACACCGAGAAGUAUCCUACCUAUCAUUCUUACACGCCCCGAGAGUCCUUCAAACCCAAGGUGGAGUACCAGAAAGUAGCUAUACCAAUGGAAGGCCUGUCCACAACAAAGAGAGACUAUGGAGCUUACAACAUAGUGCCGGUGAAACACCAUCUUCCCGAGAAGGUCACUCCAAUUCAAGACGAAAUGGAUUUCCUCACAACCUAUAAUCAACACUACAACUACUGCCCUGCCAGUCGAGUGAACCCCAUCAAACCUCGAGACAACAGACAUCAGUGUAAUGACAAAAUGGAGUGUGUGCCUACGUACAAAGCUGAUUAUUUACCUUGGAACCAACAGAAAAGAUCUUUGAUUCGUCCACCGCAAUCAUACCGUCCUGCGUCCUGUAGGUUUGAUCAUAGAACCACACACCAGGACGAUUAUCCCAUAAAAAAUCCUGUGGAUACUGUGAGUUACAAACCUCCACCUGGGCCCAAGCUCUGCAACCUCCCCCUGGAGAGUAUGACAAGCUACAGAUCGAGCUAUGUGGCCCAUCCUGUGGAGAAGCGGUGUGUGCAUGAGGGAGAGAAGUACAGACCAUGUGAAAUUCCUUUUGAUGGCCUUACCACCCACAGAGAUUCCUACAAGGGUUUGAUGGGGGAACCUGCCAAGAGCUGGAAACCUGCACCAAAUCACCCUGGGUUAGAAAUACCUUUUGCAUCCAACACUGAAUUUCGAGAAAAAUUUCAAGCUUGGCCAACACCCAAGAUUAUCCCCAAAGAGCCCAUUCCCUACAUCCCUCCCGAAGGGAAGAUGGAUCUUCUGACAACUGUGCAAGCCGACUACAAGUACCCCAAUGGGGGUGCUCCUGCUCAGUCCUGCCGUCCAGGUCCAGUCAUCCAUAUGAAGAAGAGUGACAAAUUUGAAAGCACCACCACCAACAGAGAGGAUUACAAACACUGGGCCAACAACCGCCGAGAGCCAGUCAAACCUGCUCCCCAGCUGAAAUUCCCCGAAGAACCUAUGGAUUACAUGACCACCAAUCGUGCCCACUAUGUGCCUCAUGCACCAGUCAAUACCAAAAGCUGCAAGCCAACCUGGUCUGGCCCUCGAGUAAACAUCCCCUUAGAAGGUCAGACCACCUAUUCUACCAGUUUCACUCCUAAGGAAAUUCAAAGGUGCCCAGCUUCAUACUCGGAACCCCCUGGCUACAUCUUUGACGAGGUGGAUGCUGUAGGGCACAGGAUGUACAGGCCAGCUUCCCAUGCAGCUUCUGGAGAGAGCAACCAUCUUGGCUUUGGUGAUGCAUAA